GGCCCUUUCAUGCACCUGCCCACUCAACUCCAAGCACUGCUCAUAAACAUAAUGAAAGGUUUAUCAGGUUCUCACCUUCAGUUAGCUUUCUUAUUAGCCUAUAUAGGAACUUGCUUCAUUCCAGAAUCCUACUGCCCUCCCUUACCUUACCUUAGGGCAGGCAUAGGCUUCUAAAGGAUGGACACACCCAAAGAGCUUGCCAUGUAGGUUAAUACCAAAGGUGGUUUCAUUUUUGUUCUUACCCUCGACGAAGACACUAACUCAACCACAGCGACCUGCUGCUUUUUACCACAGCUCCUCUUCUACUUCAGUUUUACCUCCUCAGGUCUGUUUGGACAGUCUGCCUUCAGUCAUGUCUGCAGUCACAUCCAGACUGUCUAAACAUCAGCACAAGAUGCUGCUCUCUCUCCUCGGUCAUGUCAGACUCCACCUGCUCUACAAAGCCAGCAUCCACGGCUUCACUGCUGUGGCUUUCCACAACCGCUGUGACAAACAAGGGCCCACUGUCAUCGUCGCUUACAACGCUGCUGGAUUUGUCUUUGGGGCUUACACCUCUAAAGACUACACCCAGAGCGAGCAGAAUGUUAGUGACGAAGAGGCCUUCCUCUACAGCAUCAAUGCAGAGGGGACAAAAACACUGAGGGUGGCAGGUAUCGGCCGAGAGUGCGCUUUCACCGAUGGAAAAAACGGUCCGGAUUAUGGUGCUUUGGUGUUCUUGUGUGAAAACAAACCUGAGAUCAAGUCUGCCCCAGGGACAAGAUUCAACUUUCAGAAUGCAGAGUUGCAUGGAGAAGACUUGACACUGACUGAGUUUGAAGUGUAUCGAGUUGAAGGCUUCGGAGAUCUCCUGGCCAAACCCUGGAGGAAUGUCCAGUGGACUGCGGAGAGAAAGCAGCAGUUGAUGCAGGCCAUUCAGAGCUAUAAGCCAGACAUUAAAACAGUUCAUCAAGCCCGGGUGUUGUUGGUGGGACCUGUCGGGGCCGGCAAGUCCAGUUUCUUCAACUCCAUCAACUCAUUGUUUCGAGGCAACAUGACAUCCCAGGCCAUUGCGGGUACAGCAGGAAGGAGUGUGACCAGUCAGUUCCGCACCUACACCAUCAAGGCAGGGAAAGGCGGUGGAGCCAUUCCUCUGAUCCUGUGUGACACAAUGGGGUUGGAGGAAAAGGAUGAUGCUGGUUUGGACAUUGAGGACUUAGUCAACAUCUACAAGGGUCACAUAAAAGAUCGCUACCAGUUCAGUCCAUCCAAUCCUCUCCUGGCGGAUGCUCCCGGCUAUAAGAAGAAAGUGACUCUGAACGACAGGAUUCACUGUGUGGUUUAUGUGGUCGACACCUGCAAGGUCUCUCUCCUCUCCCAAAAAAUGCUGGAUAAGUUUGCAGCCAUCCGGAAAAAGACCAACCAGCUGGGAAUUCCUCAGAUUCUGCUGAUGACUAAAGUAGAUGAGGCCUGUCCGCUGGUGGCAGAAGACCUAAAGAAUGUUUAUCGCAGUGUUUAUAUCCAGAAGAAGGCCCGGGACUUGAGUGAGUCUCUGGGCAUCCCUUUGUCCUUUGUGCUGCCAUUGAAGAACUACAAUGAGGAGCUGGAACUGAACCAGGACACUGACAUACUGCUGUUGACUGCUGUGGAGCAGAUGCUGAACUACGCAGACAGCUUCUUUGAGGACCAAGAGCCGAGUGAUCAGCUGGAGCUCUACAGAUCCAAUGAUCCUCUCUGCCCAAACCUUAUUAAUUCAAACUAACCAGUCAGUUGAUCAAAUAUAUUAGAAUACUCACUCACUCACUCAAUACUCACAACUCUCGUGCUCCGAUAGCUAACAUAACAACAACAGCAUGUCUUGGAAACGAGAAAGCAAGCUGAAAUUCGGUGGCAAUUAAUUUACCAUUACCUGACACACAAAUCAUGGCUGGAUGGGCAGGAAUAGUGUUGUCUGAGCCGCUUAGUUUGUUUCCCGUUUACAGAGAAAGGGCUGUGUACGACACCGGAUUUAUUCAGUGCACACACAGAAUGGAAAGCUAGUGGACCUUGAGGAGAUAGGAGUUUGACAGAAAGACAAGUAUUGAAUUAGAAAAGCAUAUCCCACCUAUAAAUAAAAUGUGUUAUUCGAGCUGAGUAAAGAAGAAGCGCUAGUGAAUGGACCCUUAGGUGAUAUUAUUUUAAGAGAGACUGCUCUUGUUGUUAAAGCUACCGGAAGUACAUGCACAUUUGUGGGUCAUCCAACUCUUCUUUAGCUUAAGUAACUUUUUUUGGACAGUACACAUUUGUUUCUUCUAUCAUUAAAUUGCAUUGCAUGUUUUCUUAUUGUGCAAAUAAACCUUUCUCAAACCA